CGAAUCUGACGUAAGCAAAAUGAACUGGAUCCGUCUUGUCUCGUUACAUACAACGUAUGACCGGCAACUUUACAACCUCGCCAUUAAAUUGACUUCGUACCAACUCCCCUUUUAGAUUCCCUCUUAUAGCUUAUAAGAUUCGUUGAAGCUAGUAUUUUGCAAUAAGCUUCCAGCACCCGCACUAAGAAGUUCCUAGUUUGACUAAAUUUCAAUAAGAUUCAAUAGUUUCGCCCAUCCUCAGCUGUUCCCGCAUUCAAGGCACGAUGAGUCGUUGGUCUCAAUACGAUACCGACGAGGAACGUCUACCUGAGGGUAUGCAACGCAUCGGCUACGAUGCCGACACCCAGACGUAUACAUUUCGCGACCGCGACGGCAGCAUUUGGGAGAGCGCUCCGGGUAAUCAGUAUGGCCAACUCCAUCGCGUCAACACGACAUUCCCACCUUACGGCGAUGAUGCACACGAUGAUACCGAGCCACUGCAGGAGCCGACCGAAAACACUUCAUGGCGACAUGAGAUGGGGCCUCUACUUAAUUGGUUCUUACUAGUUGGCCUAUUCCUGCUCUUUAUCUUCUGGUUCAUUGGCGGCGCGACUAAACGGGUCGCCCCGACUACAUGCCGCGACCACAGCAGCCCGUACAAAAUCAAGUCGGGCGACAGCUGCUGGGCAAUCGCCGAGGAGCAUCGUGUUCCGUUGGAUUCUCUCCUGCAAGAGAAUCAGGGUCUUGAUUGCGACAAGCUGGCCCCUGGUAAUACCCUUUGUAUUCCAAGGGUCUAAACUGCAUAGCUACACAAGGUUGCAGGGUCUUCUUGUUGUUCCAGGGCCCUUGGCACAGCAGCAUCUUGUGGGCUUUCGUUGCUGGGAUCAAAUCAAUUGCUCUAUCAGCUUGUGUCAGCCGCACAGGUAGCGGUGCUGCCCACCUAAGGGGAUGCAUAUUCUCUACGA